CCCCAAAUAGGGACCUGAGAGUGAGGAUUCACUCGAAAGCUAAAUCCCAUUAUCGGAAGGCUCUUUGCGAUGCGGAAAUACCUAUAAGUUAAUCCAAUAGCCGUGUUUCCGUAACACUAUGUAGAGAAGGCCCAUUGUCCAAGCAGCUUGUGAACCCAAAUACCUGGUUAAAUCCGGUCAUACGACUGACUUGGUCUUCUCAUACCAAGUGUUUAUUCCCUACUCACUUAUUUCCCGUAUACACGACAUCUUUCAUAUAUCACGCAAGAACCUAAGUCAGUUGCAAUGGCAGAGGAAUUGAGCAAAAACUUCGAGACUCUGCAGCUCCAUGCGGGCCAGCAGAUAGAUCCGGCCACCAACUCUCGCGCCGUUCCCAUAUACGCAACAACCAGCUUCGCUUUCAAUGACUCGGCACACGGCGCUAGACUGUUCUCUCUCAAAGAGGAGGGCAAUAUCUACAGCCGUAUCAUGAACCCGACUGUCGAUGUCUUCGAAAAACGAAUUGCUGCCUUAGAGGGUGGUGCCGCAGCCGUCGCAUCUGCGUCCGGCCAAGCUGCUCAGUUCAUGGCUCUCUCUGCCCUCGCGGAAGUCGGCGACAAUAUUAUUUCAACGACCAACCUUUACGGCGGUACUUACAACCAGCUUAAGGUUCUUCUGCCGCGGUUUGGAAUCCAUACCAAGUUCAUCAAGGGUGAUAAUCCCGAGGACUUUGCAGCGGCCAUCGACGACAGAACUAAAGCUAUUUACAUCGAGAGCAUCGGCAACCCGCGAUAUAACGUACCGGACUUUGAAGCCAUUGCAAAGGUUGCACAUGCGAAGGGUGUCCCUGUCGUGGUCGAUAAUACAUUCGGAGCGGGUGGCUACUUCGUCAGGCCUAUUGAACACGGAGCAGACAUCGUCGUACACUCUGCGACCAAGUGGAUUGGCGGCCACGGAACGACAAUUGCUGGCGUCAUCGUCGAUGGUGGAAAAUUCAACUGGGGUGAAAACGCCGCCCGGUUUCCCCAAUUUAUUAAGCCGUCGGCGGGUUACCACGGGUUAAAAUUCUGGGAGACCUUCGGUUUCCUUUCAUUUGCUGUUCGUGUGAGAGUUGAGAUUCUACGUGAUCUUGGCGCUUCAUUGAACCCUUUCGCUGCGCAACAACUCAUCCUCGGUCUCGAGACCCUCAGCUUAAGAGCUGAGAGACAUGCGCAGAACGCCCUUGCACUUACAAAAUGGCUAAAGGCUAGCCCGUACGUAAGCUGGGUAUCGUAUCCCGGACUAGAAGAUCACCCUAGCCACGCACUGGCUAAGAAAUACCUGAAGAGGGGAUUUGGUGGCGUUUUGAGCUUUGGCGUUAAGGGUGGUGGUGCCGCUGGUAGCCAGAUCGUUGACGGAUUCAAGCUGAUCAGCAACUUGGCUAAUGUAGGCGACUCCAAGACACUCGCUAUUCACCCAUGGACCACAACACAUGAGCAAUUGUCGGAUGAAGAGAAGAUUGCUUCUGGUACAACUGAGGACCUAAUCCGCAUCUCUGUUGGUACGGAACACAUCGACGACAUUAUUGCCGACUUCGAGCAAUCUUUCAAGAAGGCUGCCGCCGCCACCACUGAGGGGCAAGGAAGCUCAGGAGCAGAGACUAAGAAGGAAGAAGCAGCACCAACGGUGGUAUAAUAAUUCCCCUGUGCACUUUUAUAUGUGAAUGAUUAUACCCACCAUCUAAAUUAGUUAGCAAUCUGCCUGUAGUUAUUGGUCCUUUAACAACCAACGGUUUAUCUGAUUUGAAACUUACCAACCAUUUGCGAUCUUAAAUAACCAAGAAUAUUUCUAUAUUGGAAAAAAUAAGGAAGAAUCAAAGUCUAUAAAUUCCAAAUUGUGAAAGUAGGAAAGGGCUG